AACUCUACACAUCAUGUGGGAGAAACAUGGCGUCUUGCAGCAGGUUGCCCUUGCAUCCUUUUCUCUCCACUACAUCAGCACGCCUCGUCUGUAACAGAAAUGUCCAGGUUGAAGCUUCUACAGCAAAGAGUUUAUAUCCACCUAUUCUGCCUUCUCGGACCGCGAAGAGUAAGUCAGCGAAGAGGCGCGUGGUGACUGAGUUCUUCGAGCAGCUGCGCUCGCGCACCGCCCAGGAGAAGAUCCGAGCGCUCACUCGCGUUCAGCGCAAGAAGUACGUGAUUUAUCCGCCGACAUUUGCUCUCAACGCGGAUAAAUGGUAUCAGCACUACACCAAAACGGCCUAUCUCAGCGGUCUGCCAGAGAAAUACACACAUGCGGAGUCCGCGCCGGUUAUUGAUGAGUCUGUGUUGUCCGAGGUGCGAUCUGUAGUCUGCAGCUUCAUCUUACAAGAACAUUGGUACUUGAAGAAAGGGAGAACUUUCAUCCACAAAGAGCAAGAGCAAUUCGUCACUCCGUUUUUAAGGAACAUGGUGUGUGGUCUAAAAAACCUUCUGGCCAAAGAAAACCCCGUGCUGUGUCUGUCUAGUUUAGAUUUUGACCCUCAAGUGAACUAUUACUGGUUACGGGGAGAAAGGACUAUUCCAGCAGGACACAGGAGUGGGCGGAUUGAACCGAUGAGAUUCCAGAUUGAUGACAAACCUCACAGUCAGAUCAGAAUCCCACAACAACUUCCUGAGUUUGUUCCUCUUGAGGCAGAGACCUCUGCUGAAGUUCCUGCUAUCAGUUUGGCUCCUGACCGCCUCCCUUUGUUCAGGAGACAGUAUGACAAUAACAUCUUCAUAGGUGCCAAACUGGAAGAUCCAUGCUCCUAUGGUCACACACAGUUUCACAUGGUCCCUGAUAGGUUUCGCAGGGACAAAAUGAGCAAGAAAGGCCUCUCUGAUCAAGUCGAGGUUUCACUAAGAGCGAAUGGUAUUGCCAGCCUGUUUGCAUGGACAGGGGCACAGGCUAUGUAUCAAGGCUUUUGGAGUGAAGAGGAUGUGAGUAGGCCGUUCGUGUCUCAGGCUGUCAUCACAGAUGGGCAGUUCUUCUCAUUUUUCUGCUAUCAGCUCAAUACUUUGGCUCUGAGUCCAAGGGCUGAUGGCAACAAUGCCAGGAAGAACUUAUGCUGGGGCACAGAAAGCAUGCGCUUGUAUGAGAGAGUCACAGACGGAGACAUAGUGGGCUGGAAUGAUGCUGUUCUGAGGCUGCUGCUGCAGUUUUUGUUGAACAAACCACAGUGAGAAUGAGUUAUGAUUAUUCUGAGUGUCAAUAAACAUAAUAUAUACA